AUGCCUACCAGGGUCAUCAUCCGUUCGGAUCACGAAAGGCUCUACCAUGAGUACCCACUUUACUGCCCAAUCUACGAAUGCAGGUCCUUCAUCCCGCAAGCUCGUAUCGACUCGCAGGGUGUGCGAACCUGCAUCCGAUGUGCCGCAAAAUCCUGCUGUUUCUGCGGGAAGCUGGGAGUACACGCUAGUCACCUCAACUGUCCUGUCGUCAUCCACAUGAUGGAGCAAUCUUUCCAUGACGAGGACCUUGCAGACCUCUACCGCGCAAUGGGUAGAAGCGGUGGGCGGGGGGGGAUCGAAGGUUCUGCUAACGGAGAUGAGCACGUCGGAGCUACCACUCUUUUUCGCCUUUCCAUCGCCCUGGGGGAUGGGUUGGCGAGUGCCGCCGACGCCAUGAUUAAUAGUAUGGCGGAAAAUUCUAGCCGUCUUGUUGGUCACAUUUCCCUCUCUGCGAAUUUCUUUGUGAGUAUCAUUCUAUCAUCAACGGCCCCUAUAUCAGCCUCUCAAAUAACUCAUAGUUGACAAUUCCUUUUAGGCUCAACCCAGGCAUCACCUGAAGACCUCGGUGGUAUUGAAACCACAGAUCCACCUAACCGCCUCCCCCGCGACCCGUAUAGAGUCAACUCCACACGAGCUACCCGCCCCAUGCCAAUCACGACUAUCCCCACCGGGGCCUCUCCCACAGCCCCUGCCAGCCCAGCCUCUGGCUCUGACCUUCGUACCCAGGUCGAGAGCUCCCCCGCCGCCCCACCUAUCGCCCCCACCAAUACCACGGCUGCCGAUAUCGAUAUGUAUCAUGGCGGCUUGAGAGCUAGACUCCCAGAGAGCCUUCGGCGCCAGAUGCCGGACCAAGAUCAAUUUGAGGUUCAGCGAAAUAGGCACCGCUUCGCCUUCUUGAGGAGGGUGAGGCAGAGGGAGUACCGUCGUGUUGUCGGAUCAGGCUUCACUCAUCCUUAGGCGAUUGACCCCGCACACUUGUUAGAUGGAUGUAUUCCCUAGAGGGGAGAAACCUUGGCUAGAAAAAAUACAUUAGUGUCUCACGGCGAUAGAAACAGUACACCGUAGUCUGAUUUUAUCCCCCCCCCUCUCUCUUUCCCUUUUCUAAAAAAUGAUACAAAUAUUUUUCCUUC